CCUCUCGGCGGCGCGGUGCGGGGCGGGCGGCGCUCCCCGCCAGCGCGACGGCAUGAAGGAGCCGUCGCUGCCCGGCACCUCGCUGCAGCGGGCCUGCCGCCUCCUCGUCGCCUUCUGCGCCCUCCACCUCUCUGCCACGCUGCUCUACUACCUGGCGGGCAGCGCUCUGGGGCCGCCGGGCAGCCCCGAGCCGCCGCCGCGCCGCCCGCCGCCCGCCAACCUCUCGCUGCCGCUCUCCCGUCCGCCGCCCCCCGCCGCCCGCACCCGGCCCCCGCCCGCCUCGCCGCCGCCGGGUCUCUGCCCCGAGACCUCCCCGCUGCUCGUUGGUGCACUACGUGUGGAUUUUUCCCAGCCUGUGAACCUGGACGAAGUGGCAAGAAUAAACCCAGAGGUCAAAGCAGGAGGUCGUUUUGCUCCGAAGGACUGUAUAGCACUUCAGAAAGUAGCAAUAAUCAUACCAUUCAGGAACAGAGAGGAGCACCUGAAGUACUGGCUCUAUUACCUGCACCCUAUUCUCCAAAGGCAGCAACUAGAUUAUGGAGUAUAUGUGAUCAACCAGGAUGGAGAAGAAGAAUUUAACCGAGCUAAACUGCUGAAUAUAGGAUUUGCAGAGGCUUUGAAAGAGUAUGACUAUGAUUGCUUUGUGUUUAGUGAUGUAGACCUCAUUCCAAUGGAUGACAGGAACACCUACAAAUGUUACAGCCAGCCACGGCACCUCUCUGUAUCCAUGGAUAAAUUUGGAUUUCGGUUGCCUUACAAUCAGUAUUUUGGAGGUGUGUCUGCCUUGAGCAAAGAGCAGUUCACAAAGAUCAACGGUUUCCCAAACAAUUACUGGGGCUGGGGUGGCGAGGAUGAUGACAUUUAUAACAGGUUGGUGUUUAAAGGCAUGGGGAUAUCCCGUCCGGAUGCCGUCAUUGGGAAGUGCAGAAUGAUUCGGCAUUCCCGGGAUCGGAAGAACGAACCCAACCCCGAGAGGUUUGACCGAAUUGCUCACACAAGAGAGACAAUGAACUCUGACGGCUUAAAUACACUAUCAUACAAGGUGUUAAGAACUGACAAGUACCCUCUGUAUACAAAGAUCACAGUGGAUAUUGGCUCGCCAAAGAGCUAACAUCACCUACACUAGAGACUUUGCCUGUGUUGUCCAGGACAUCUGGCCUCGGCGAUGCUUUAUAUCUGCUGGUUUUGUAACAGUUGCAAUGAACACCAAAAAAAGGCCUCUUCUGGCAUGCCAAAGCAUCCUCAGAUUGGUUGGACAAGUGCUUUUUUUUUUUUUUUCUUUUCUUUUUUUUUUUAUUAUUCCAAACCUGACUUUACACAACUUUCUAGCUCUCCAUUGUUUUAUAAGUCCAAAAGCUGUACAUAAGAGUUGUACAUACUUAUGUUGCCAGAAAAUGUUGGAAUCUGCUCUAUUAGUUGCAGUGCUCCCAAUGUUGAGUUAAUUGCUUGACUCAAAUUUUACUGAUUACAACUGUGAUGCAUCAGCAAUUGCUGCCCAUGACAUUUUGAUAUUUUAAAUGAGGUGUAUGAAAACAUUCCUUUUAAUUGAUUCGUGGUUUUACUUUAUGAAGGACUGUAAAAUGCUGCUAAAAUUCUACAAGUUUACGCUUUGCCUUAGAUAAUUUUAAUUGGGACAAUAUAAUAUCUUUUUUUUCUCACAGUGACCAAAACAAACAUCUCUGUGUGCAGAGCAAGUGAUGAACAAUCAAGUCUGGUUUCAAUGAAUGUCAUUAUUUCUUUUGAUCUCAAAGGAGGCUUUGAGUGAGUUGAGCCAGAGUUUGCCAGAAUUUGCCAGUGAGCUCUCUGCACAGGGUGUGAGCUACACGGAUGGCAUCUGCAAAAAGUGCUGGCUUCAGAUAACCUCACUUCUGGAUGUGGUAGUGACUUUUUGCUUCAACACAACAAUACCUGAGUUGUUUGGGGUUUUUUUGGUCACGUGGAGGGUGGUGGUUUGGGGUUCUUUUUCCAGAAAUAAAGGUUAAUGAAUUUAAUUGCAUGAUGAAGUUAAGGCCUUAAAAUUUGCUGGGUCUUGUUAACAGUGGUCAAAAGUUACCACACUGUUUAAACAUUGUCUGAAGCCUCCUAAAACCGAUUCUUUUUAUUGCAAGGUCAUGCAUAAAUGAAACUUGAAUUCACUUAUUACUUUUGUUGUUGUUGUUGUUUUAAUAACUUUUAAAAGUAAUUUGUGUAUCAUAAGCAGUAUAUUUAAUGCCCAAUUAAACUAGGGUGCAGCAUAA